AUGAAGUCGGUUCUAUCCGUUCAAUCACAUGUUGUACAUGGCUAUGUUGGUGGAAGGGCGGCUACAUUUCCCUUGCAAUACUUAGGCUGGGAGGUUGAUAAUAUCAACACCGUGAAUUUCUCGAAUCAUACUGGUUACGGCCGAGUUGAAGGCUCAUCAUUACUGAAUGCCGAAAUGCAGUCGCUUUUUGAAGGAUUACAGAAUAUCUCAUGUCGAUACGACGCUAUUAUUCUGGGCUACAUUCCUACUCCCAGCCUCAUCGAUAUACUAGCCCAAAAUAUUGUGCUGAUGAAGAAAGACAAUCCUGCUCUCAUUUACAUAUGCGAUACGGUGAUGGGCGAUCAAGGACAUUUAUAUGUCGAUGACUUGUGCGUCAAGGCUUAUAAAAGCUUAUUGGCAAGCGGCCUCGUUGAUCUCAUAACCCCCAAUCAAUUUGAGCUAGAGCUCUUAUGUGACUUUGCCAUCGACUCUGCAGAUAGUCUUAAAAACGCUUUGAAAUUCAUUCAUUCGAAAUACGAUGUCAAGCAUAUUGUUGUGUCGAGUUUGUCAGGAUUCUUAUCUCUCUUUAAUGAUGGAUGUAAUGAUUUCAUAUAUUGUGCUGUGUCUACGAAAGACGAGGACACUGUUGAAGUGUAUCUGAUUCCCGAGAUAAAAUCAUACUUCACUGGGGUUGGCGAUCUAUUUACAGCCUUACUUCUAGAUAAAUUUACUCGUAACUCCGGCAAUCUACCUCUAGCUGUCGGCCAGGUGUUGAAUAUUAUGAGCCACGUUUUGAAACUUACACACACUACAGGUAUAGACGAGUUCUGUCGAUCAAAGGGUAUUAAUUACGACCCGAUGACCAGCAAUGACGAAGAGAUUAUACAAGGUACCAUAAAUGAUGGCGAAACUAUGAAAUUUUUUGAACUUCGGGUCAUUGAAUCAAGAAUGUUUUACGACCUGACAGAAAUCGGAGAUUUCCGGCAAACCACCAUCUAA